AUGGACACGGACAGCGAGUGUCAGACCGGAUUUGAGAUUCGCGGUGUCACCAAACGCGCAGUGAAAGCUUGCGCCGCCUGUCGAGCGCGAAAGUCUCGCUGUGAUACCCGGUUGCCGCGCUGUUCGCAUUGUGCGAAGAACAAAUUGCGAUGUGAUUAUGAAGCACCUAUUAGGCGUCCUCAGUCAACAAGAAUAGAGGAGAAGGGCUAG